AUGUGUGACCAGCAGAAGCAGCCACAGUUCCCCCCAUCUUGUGUGAAAGGUUCAGGAUUGGGAGCUGUACAGAGUACCAAAUGUACCUCUGUGAAAUGCCCAGCUCCAUCCCAGACUCAAGCCUGUGUGAAAUGCCCAGCUCCAUGCCUGACUCAAACAUAUGUGAAAUGUGUAACUCCUUGCCAGACUCAAACCUAUGUGAAAUGCCCAGCUCCAUGCCCGACUCAAACCUAUGUGAAAUGCCAAGUUCCAUGCCAGACUCAAACCUAUGUGAAAUAUGCAAUUCCUGGCCAGAUGUAUGUGAAAUGCCCAGCUCCAUCCUAUCUGAAAUGCCCAGCUCCUUGUCAGACAUACAUGAAGUGCCCAGCCCCCUGCCAGACCCAGGCAUGCUAUGGCCAGGGCCCUUCUCCCGGCCAGACCUACUACGUUCAGGCUCCUGCAAGUAGCUCGACCACCUCAUGCCAUGUACCUGAUCCAUGCUCUGCACCCUGUUCCACCAGCUACUGCUGCUUGGCUCCCCGGACCUUCGGGGUGAGUCCCCUGAGACGCUGGGUCCAGCAACCCCACGACUGCAGCUCAGGAUCAUCCGGCUGCUGCGAAGAUUCUGGGUGCUGCAGCUGUGGGGGCUGUGGUUCUGGGUGCUCCUGUUUGGGGAUUAUCCCCAUGAGGUCCCGAGGUCCUGCAUGCUGUGAUCGUGAGGAUGACUGCUGCUGUUAA